CGCGAAUCUCUUGUCACGGGGUAUUACUCUCGCUUUUUUAUCGAGAGGAAGCAAAUUGGACGUGGAGCCUUUGGUACAGUUUGUCUCUGCGAGCACUUGUUGGACGAACUUCUCCUUGGAGAGUUUGCUGUGAAGAAACUUCCCGUUGGCGACGAUAGGCAUUGGCUGCAGAGGGCACUGCGCGAAGUGAAGAUUCGUGAGCGUCUGAACCACCCUAACAUUGUUGACUACAAGCAUUCAUGGCUCGAGAUGCAUAGAGCGAACGACAUAAGCCCCACAGUGCCUUGGCUCUUUAUUCUGAUGGAAUACUGCAACGCAGGCGACCUCGAAUCGCUCAUUGCCUUUCUGUACGACGGGCAUGCGGCCGUUGCAGUUGCCGAUGAAGUUGCAGCAAUAAAUGCGGCAGCUGGAGUGGCAGGUGUGGAGGAAGCAGCGGCUGCAGCGGCUGCUGCUGCAUCUCUGCCGUCGACUCCACCCUACGUAGCUGCAGCCGCCGCUGCAGCGGCGGCUGCAGCAGCCACGGCAGCCACAGCGUGCCCCUCCUCUCCGCUCGCUUCAUGCUCGCCAGCUACUGCGGCUGCUGCUGCAGCUGCGGCAGCGAGCUGCUGUCUCGGCAGCGGCCACGUGUGGCGGCUGCUGCUGGAUAUUCUCUUUGGCUUGCAGCAUCUGCAUCACUCGGGGAUCGUGUAUCGAGACAUGAAGCCUGGAAACAUUCUACUAGACUGUCGGCGAGCUGGUCAUGGAGCUGCUCAGAGGCACGCCUCAGGCAUGCCUCUGAGCAGCUCCACAGCUGCAGCGUCUGCUGCUGCUGCCUCUCCUUCUGGAGGAGGCGUAGCAGCUGUUGCAGGGGCUGGUAGUACUGCUGUAGACAGCAGCAAAGUCGUUCUGAGAGCUCUACUGGCAGACUUUGGCACUGCGGAGCUCUCUGGCAUCGUGCGGAGUCGUGGGGGCGGAGGCGCUGGAGUGCUAACUGCCCCUCGAGGAUUCACGGGAACAGUCGAAUUUACUGCUCCCGAGUUGCUGGAAGGAAGCGUUCUGGACGGCGAGGCAGUUUACGAUCCGAAGGGAGACAUGUGGAGCCUUGGCCUCAUUGUCUUCUGUCUCUCUUACGGAACGGUUCCGUAUGGCGGAGAAGAUCCCCAGGCGUCCAGAAGAGCCAUUUUGGAGCACAAGAGAAUCAAACUGCCGCAACACCCCAGGCGCCCAUCCAACCUGAAGCUUUUAAUUGAAGCCCUCACCCAAAGGGAGGCGGAGUUGAGGCCUUCUGUGGACGAUCUGCUCUCCAGUGUGCCCUUGUUAGACGCGUUGGCGGAUAGAGAUGCCUUGCAAAAUGCAACAGAAGAGCUAGUGCUACUGUUGCUGCUCAAGCAGCAGCAGCAGCAGCAAGCGGAGUCCAGCAACAGGAGGGCUGUAGCCAUUGCGGCGGCUGCAGAAGCUGCUAAAAAGAGAAGCUUGGCGUGCCUCGUGACUGCCGCCGCUUCUCCACAAACAGCAGGGGCCCUUCUUCCCGCCGUAGGAGGAAAGCCUUUACCGCAGCUCUAGUGGCGGCUCUGCGGCUCCUCCGUCCAUGCCGUUGUGUCGAGUUGCUCUACUGAGCGGCUUCUGGCCAGUGUAUUUUUGCGAGUCUCCCGAAUCUCUAGCAGUGACGCAAAAAGGCGAGCUCGAGACGGCAGGGUGCUCGGCCUAAGUCGCACAGAUGCAGUAACGCCUCCCCAUUUAGUGUUGAGGCUGAGGGCCUCAUCACUAAAUGCGCUUAGGCCUUUUAUGAGGGCAAGAGUGGCGCAAAGAAAAUUCCACGUAGAAGGCUGA